AUGUUUCGUGGAGUUUGUGGCCUGCUUGGAGCGGCGAAGGCAACACCCACGGCUGCUGCCGCGUCCGUUACGAGUACGGCAGCAGCAACCGCGGGCGUAUCUUCUUCCGGAGGCUCAGUGCGAUCAUCCACAUGUGACACACGGCCACUCUACCUGGACUUUCAGGCCACCACGCCGUUAGAUCCACGUGUGCUCGACAGGAUGCUGCCGUAUCUGACGGAACGGUACGGGAAUCCACACAGUCGGACACAUCGUUACGGAUGGACGGCGGAAGAUGCUGUGGAGAAGGCUCGUGCAGAGGUGGCAGAUCUUAUUGGAACCAGCCCCAAGGGAGUUUUCUUUACCAGCGGUGCGACCGAGUCUAAUAACAUCGCCAUCAAGGGUGUGGCAUAUUACAACAAGAGCAAAAAGAAUCACAUAAUAACACUUCAGACGGAGCACAAGUGUGUUUUGGAUUCAUGUCGUUAUUUGGAGAUGGACGGUUUUGAGGUAACGUAUCUUCCGGUGGAAAAAAACGGUCUUGUUAAUCUACAAAAAAUUGAGGAAGCUAUCCGUCCAACAACCGCUCUCGUUUCCUGCAUGUACGUACACAAUGAGAUUGGUGUUAUUCAACCUAUCAGCGAGAUUGGAAAUUUAUGUCGUAAUAAAAAAGUUCUUUUCCACACGGAUGCCGCACAAGCCUUGGGAAAAGUAUCCAUUGAUGUGGAGCGUGAUAAUAUAGACCUUAUGUCUCUUUCCUCCCAUAAAAUUUAUGGGCCAAAGGGAUGUGGUGCUCUUUACAUGCGUCGGCGUCCCCGAGUACGCGUGCGUUCUCCCGUCAGUGGCGGUGGUCAAGAGCGUGGUGUGCGGAGCGGCACUGUGGCGACGGCGCAGGUUGUUGGGAUGGGCGCCGCCUGUGCAAUUGCAAAGGUGGAAAUGGAGCGAGACUCUGCGCACAUUUCACGACUUUCAAAGCGUCUUCUGAAUGGUUUGCAAAGUCGUUUGCCACACAUAACGGUCAAUGGGGACUUGGAAAAACGAUAUCCUGGUAACCUUAACAUCAGUUUUUCCUGUGUUGAAGGCGAGAGUCUUUUGAUGGGAAUGAAGAACGUGGCCGUGUCAAGCGGAAGUGCGUGCACAAGCGCUUCUUUAGAGCCAAGCUACGUUCUCCGGGCGCUUGGCAUUGAUGCGGAAAAUGCGCAUACUUCCAUUCGCUUUGGUAUUGGCCGCUUCACCACUGAAAGGGAGAUUGAUGUGACGAUUGAAGAAUGCGUCCGGAACGUGGAGCGACUGCGUGAGAUGUCGCCCCUGUGGGACCUUCUGCAAGAGGGCAAGAGUCUUGCGGAUGUGGAGUGGCGGUAG